AUGGUCAAGACAUUCUUCGAAGUUGCUGCUGACGGCAAACCAUUGGGAAAGAUCGUCUUCUCUUUGUACGAGGACGUUCCAAAAACCGCUGAAAACUUCAGAGCUUUGUGCACUGGAGAGAAGGGUUUCGGUUACAAGAACUCCAUCUUCCACAGAGUCAUUCCAGACUUCAUGUUGCAAGGUGGUGAUUUCACCAACUUCAACGGUACCGGAGGUAAGAGUAUCUAUGGAUCCAAGUUCCCAGACGAGAACUUUGUGCACAAGCACACCAAGCCAGGUUUGCUUUCCAUGGCCAACGCUGGUCCAAACACCAACGGAUCCCAAUUCUUCAUCACUACUGUUCCAUGCUCUUGGUUGGACGGCAAGCACGUUGUUUUCGGUGAGGUUGUUGACGGUUUCGACGUUGUCAAGGCUGUUGAGAAACUUGGUUCCGGUUCCGGUGCUACUCGUGCCAAGAUCGAGAUCACCAACAGUGGUGAAUUGUAA